ACAUGGUCUGGGAUCUUGCGGUUCUCAUCCCUUACACAAAAAUAUAAGGGCCUUACAUGUAGAUCCAACAUGGUAAUUACUAUUAUUAUUGAUAAUAUAUUUUUAUUUUGUGAAUGGGACCGCGAGGUUCCAGGAGUUUCCAAUUUUUGCUCCUUUUGGUGUGCUAUCAAGAAAGCUUUUCCUACUUUACAUAGCGUCCAUGGCUGCUGCUGCUUCCGGCGAAAGCAUUCCCUCUGUAAAUAAGGCUUGGAUCUACUCGGAUUAUGGAAAAACCUCCGAUGUGUUGAAGUUUCAUGAAAGUUUCCCAGUUCCUGAAAUAAAGGAAGAUGAGGUGCUGAUCAAGGUUGUUGCAGCUGCUCUUAAUCCAGUUGACUGCAAGAAGAUGCGUGGAGUGUUCAAAGAAUAUCACCCGCCUCUACCUAUCGUUCCAGGAUUAGAUGUAGCUGGAGUGGUGGUAAAGGUGGGAAGCCAAGUUAAGAAAUUCAAGGUUGGUGAUGAGGUUUAUGGGGAUAUCGCUGAAAAGAUUAAGGAGGAACCAAAAAAGUUCGGAACUUUGGCUGAGUACACAGCGGCUCAAGAGAAAGUGUUGGCUCUGAAACCCAACAAUCUGAGUUUUGUGGAAGCUGCUAGCCUUCCUCUGGCCAUUGAGACCGUCUAUGAAGGCUUUGAAAUAGCUCAACUCUCCGCUGGCCAAUCCAUUCUUAUUCUCGGAGGUGCCGGCGGAGUUGGAACCCUGGCUAUUCAGCUUGCGAAGCAUGUUUUUGGAGCAUCCAGAGUGGCAGCUACAGCAAGCACUAAGAAACUAGACCUGUUAAGGAGCUUGGGUGCUGAUUUGGCCAUUGAUUACACUAAGGAGAAGUAUGAGGAGCUUCCUGAGAAAUUCGAUGUCGUUUUUGAUGCAGUUGGGGAAGAUGGACGACCAGUGAAGGCAGUGAAAAGAGGGGGAAAAGUGGUGUCAAUCCAACACCCUGUGGCUCCAGCAGCUGAAUAUUUUAUUCUGACUUCAACUGGAACUAUUUUAGAGAAGCUGAAACCUUACCUGGAGAGUGGCAAAAUAAAGCCAAUUCUCGAUCCCAAAACCCCAUUUCCAUUUUCAAAGACUUUGGAGGCCUUUGCCCACCUUGAAACUAGACGUGCUAUUGGCAAGAUUGUCGUGUAUCCUAUCCCAUGACUUGAUGCUAGCCCUGAAUCCUUUCCUUGAUUGCUAUGUGUAAAUCUUCUUGCUAUGCUUAUUUAAAUAAAGGGGUUUUAAUCUUUUAUAUGUAAAUUAAUAUGUUAAGGUCAAUGUCUCUAAUAAAUGUCUGCUAUAAAACAAUGUGUUAUUUUUUCAA